AUGAGCAACCGAUCUCCGCCAGUUCAAAUUUUCCCGGGGAAGGGCCUAGGUUUCAUCACGCUGGGUGCUUCGUUGCAUAACAUAUUGACUAGAGUCAAGUCCCAUCCACAAGCGUAUCCCGAGAUCGAUCUUGCAUACUCCUCCACAAAGCCGUUGCAUGACUGCGUCGUUUUAAAGUUGCCUGCUAACGGCUUACGGCUUCGAUUUGAUGGGCCAGACCAAAGAUUGCGACUGAUCGAGGUUUUGGACUUUUCGCCGGGAAACCUGGUUUACAAAAACCAGGACGUCGUCAAGGCAAGCAAAACAAGCGACUCAGCUUUUACCUCGCAAGGUCCUGGGUUUCGGCACGUCUACAACCGUCUUUUCGGACCAUCGUACCCUGGCGAGUAUGUCCCACCAACAGAUCCUCACUCGCAGUAUGGGACUUAUGUCCUCUCAUACCCGGGCAUUGCCUUUUCGUUUCCACUUCAGCACUCAGCGUGGUCCGAGUCCUGCGACUUCGUAGCUCUGCUCUCCUCAUCUGCUGCACUACCAGCGACGUCCAUGGCAGUCUUCCAAGGGCCAUCCUGGCCCGAGAUCCGUGAAAAAUUGUUCACUCAGCAGCCUCAGUACCCGCGCUCAUCCGCUGUCAUGAGCAAGACACGCGAAGCGUUGGCUGACGAGAUCGAAGCGUUUCAUGUAUUCGGUGCUGGGAGGUUAGAAGUAGAGCGGCGGAGCAGUCCACCAGCACACAUCCUCCUUGGGGAGACGACACCUCAGGAUCUUGUUGCCGAGUUCGGUCCGCCAGAUGCGAUUUACCGUAAACACGACCGGCGAAUAUCAAUCCACCGCGCCACGGGUGGUGCUGCGGCUGGAGAUCCCCUCCACCUAGGCUCACUGCCUAGCACUGGGAUGGAAAUUCAAGACACUGACCACUCCUCCAACAACAGUGUGACUGAUGAUUCAGAUGAGGAGAUUUUCCCAAACAACAUUAGUGACCCCACCUCUCUUCCAUCAGAGUGCUUCUUCAACUAUUUCCACCACGGGUUUGAUGCAUUCAUCUCUUACCCUGUGACGCCAGGGCCGGCAUUUCCUGGAUCAGGCCUCCCCGACCCAUCUCCCCGGCCCUCCGCCUCACCGCUGACUGUAACAAAAAUCAUACUACAUGGGAAUGUACCUGGAUCCUAUCCAUUCAAUCGCCAUCGUCGCAGCCGCUGGACCAUUCACCUAAAUGAAUCGGACCACAUUCUCAACUCUGAAUCUUUAUAUGGCGAAAUAUCUCAGACGCUGCACGAUUUGUGGAGAGGCUCAGAGGCUGCAACUCACGGUCAACGAGUCACACAAAGACCGAUGGUUCUGAACCGCGGCUGGGGCGACAGUCCUGAGAGUAGUGUCGAAUUUCUCGGCGGUUGGGAAGAAAGCACGGCUCGAGGCCCCAGGAAUGAUUCCGACGGGCGUGAUGGUGGGCUGGGCAACACUGAACUCUUUGGUUUUCCGGGUCUCUUAUUCGAGGUCCUCAAGAAUGGUGCCUCGUGGACGUCGACUCUCAAGCUUCCCAAGUCGACUUUUCCUCCGCGGGUGUCGCCGGCCGACCAGACGAAAUACCUCAAGCGAUGCACCGAUGACCUUUACGCCUGGCAACGCCGCGAACGGCCAGCCGAGAAACCCUUUGUCCUACACGAUGGACCGCCCUACGCAAAUGGCGAGCUGCACAUUGGACAUGCGCUCAACAAGAUUCUCAAAGAUAUUAUAAAUCGUGUGCAAUUGGGUCGGGGGAAACGAGUGCGCUAUGUACCUGGAUGGGACUGUCACGGCUUGCCUAUUGAGCUUAAGGCUCUUCAGGGCUUACGCGAUGCCGGAUCUCAGGAUGAGUCGGUGAGCCCAGCGGUGAUUCGCAAGUUGGCGCGCCAGCUGGCUCGUCAGACAGUCAAGGCACAGAUGAAAGGGUUCAAGGGUUUUGGGGUGAUGGCAGACUGGGAGAAUCACUGGAAAACGAUGGAUAAGGAGUUCGAGAUGCGCCAAUUGGGUAUCUUCCGCGAGAUGGUUGACCACGGGCUUAUUUACCGCAAAUUCAAGCCUGUCUACUGGUCUCCUUCUACGGGCACCGCACUGGCCGAGGCGGAACUGGAGUAUAAGGAUGACCAUGUCUCUACGGCAGCGCUGGUCAAAUUUCCACUUGUUCGGCUCCCGUCCCACCUGUCGGCAUCUUCACGGCUCACUUCGGAAGGGGUGAAUGCGGUCAUUUGGACGACGACUCCUUGGACCUUGCCCGCCAACGCGGCCAUUGCUGUUCAUCCCGACUUGGAAUAUGUGAUUGCGCGCUCCAAAACUCAUGGCAACCUGCUUAUCGCCCAGUCUCGGGUCGAGUACUUGAAAGGCAUGCUGAAAGAAGAUCUGACAAUUGUCGAAUCAUCAAUUCAGGGAUCUGACCUGGCCGAUCAAGCCACUUACCGGCACAUCAUCAAGGACACCAACUCCGCUCCGCAGCCCAUCAUUAGCGCAGACUUUGUGACUGCUGAUUCCGGCUCUGGUUUGGUUCACUGCGCCCCUGGUCACGGUAUGGAUGACUACGAAGCUUGCUUAGCUCGAGGCAUCCCGGUUUUUGCUCCUGUCAACGGCGCAGGUGAAUUUACGGACAAGGCGAUGCCUCAUGAUCCUUCGCAGUUUCUCGUGGAUGUCUGCUCGCACAGCACAAAUACGAGCACAAGUAUCCUUACGACUGGCGGGUCCAAGCAGCCGAUCAUUAUCCGUGCCACGGAGCAAUGGUUUGCAGACGUGGCUGAUAUCCGCGGCAGCGCCCUGAAGGCGCUGGAGGGUGUGCGCUUUGUCCCCGAGGCCGGCAAACAUCGCCUGAACAACUUUGUGAAGAAUCGCAGUGAAUGGUGCAUCUCUCGCCAGCGGGCGUGGGGCGUUCCCAUCCCUGCUAUUUACCGCCGGGCCACUGGCGAGGCGGUGUUGACCAAGGAGAGUGUGUCUCACAUCAUGCAGACUAUCGAAGAGCGUGGGAUUGACGCCUGGUGGACGAUGACGAUGAUGACCUUGCUUGGAUACACCCCAGUUUACAGGGCGAGUCCGCGGGUUACCGACGUGGCACCGAUACUAUGGACUCACCCUGCCGAUGUCUAUCUGGAAGGAUCUGACCAACAUCGGGGCUGGUUCCAAUCCGGCCUGCUCACAUACAUUUCGCAUCAAAUUGCCUCUGGCCAGCGGAGCCCCUGUCAGGCUCCCUUCCAGAAUCUUAUCACCCACGGAUUCACGCUCGAUGAGCAUGGACGAAAGAUGAGCAAAUCCAUCGGUAACACGAUUGCCCCUCAGACCAUCAUGGACGGUACUCUCCUUCCACCUCUGAAGCCACGCAAGGGCAAGGGCAAGAAACCGGCAGAGAAUGCGGAGCGAGCUACGAUGCGUUGGGCCCCGACGCGCUUCGCUACGGUCCACACCAGUCUGCACAAAUUCCGAGUCACGUUCAAGCUGCUGCUCGGGGCCCUGGGAGACUUUCGGUCCGAGUGCGUCGUACCGUAUGCGGAACUGCAGAUUGUCGAUCGAAUUGCGCUCAAACACCUCUCCGAUCUGAUUCUGACCACGCAAAAGGCCUGUGACAACUUUGAAUUCUACAAGGCUGUGGCGACCAUCAACCGUUGGGCCAAUCUGGAGUUCUCCGCCUUUUACAUGGAGGCCAUCAAGGACCGCUUGUACACUCUGGGUGAGGACAGCACGAGCCGCCGUGCCGCCCAGACCACUCUGUACUAUAUCUACCAUUACCUGCAGGAAGCCUUGGGCCCCAUCACUCCGCUGCUGGUGGAGGAAACCUGGGAGCACACCCCGGCCGCCAUUCGGUCGCACAGUGAGCACCCCUUGCGGCGUCUCGCGGCGCGCCCGGCCCGCGAAUGGGACGAGCCUCUCUUGGACACCCAGUACCAGGAAAUCGUCGCCGUUCACUCGACGAUCAAGAACCUGCAAGAGCAGGCUCGAGGCAAAAAGCAACUCGGGUCCUCUCUGCAGUCGUUUGUGCACCUGGUGCUCCCCGACACCCACCGUACCGUCUUCUCCCCGUAUCUCUCACAGUUGCCGGAUCUGUUUGUGGUCUCCUCGGUGACCCUGGCCGAGCCGGGCGACGCUGUUCCCCCGGAGAUCGCCCACGCGGAGUGGCAGUACGAGGAUGAGUGUACACUGCCCGAUGGACAGAGGGGGCGCGUGCACGUGUACGCGCCACAAGCGUCCAAAUGUCCACGGUGUUGGCGGUAUGCCAUCCCGGAGUCCGCGCCGAUGGAUUCCAUCUGCGACCGAUGUGAAACGGUGGUUGAGGAACUGGAGGCUGUCGCGGGGGCGGACGCGUCUCCCGCUGUUUAG